AUGGCGGCCCUGCGCGGAGCUCGAGCGCUGUGGAGCAGAGUGACGGGCAGCGCGAGCGCGUGCGGAGGCAGGCUGGGGGGCAGACUGAGGGCGGGCGCGUGCCUCGGGGCGGCGGCGGGGGGGGCGCUUUACUUUUGGUACCAGUGGGGAGCGCGCGGGGCGACAGAGCCACGACACCGGGGGGCACUGAGCCUACUUCCGGCCCUGCGCGCGCGAGGACACGACAAGGAGGAGGAGGAAGAGGAGGCUCGGCCGCUCAACUUUAAGGACAGGGAUGUCUCCAUGUCAUCUCACGAGUACCGCUUUCAUCUCUUCAGCUCUGUGGAGUACGAGGGUCAGCUGUUCAUGACCCCUCAGAACUUCAUUGAGUCGGUCACCAUGAGCCAACCCCGCAAUAAAAAACCAUGGAGGUCCCUCACUAAACAGGAGCUGGAGAAGAUCUUGGUUGACACUCCUCCGGUGUGGAAAGGAACUUCCAAGCUGUUCCGUAACCUCCGGGAGCGAGGAAUCAUCUCUUACACGGAGUAUCUCUUCCUGCUGUGCAUCCUGACAAAGCCUCAUGCUGGCUUUAAAAUCGCUUUCAACAUGUUUGAUGCUGACGGCAACCAGAUGGUGGACAAGCAAGAAUUUCUAGUGCUACAGGAAAUCUUCCGGAAGAAGAACGAAAAGAGGGGAAGGAAGGGGGACUCAGAGAAGUCAGCCCAGCUGAGCAUGCAGCUCUAUGGAUAUCAGGUUGCCCCCGUCAACAGCGCGAUGAAAAAAGACAGCCAAGAGGAGUUUGUGGCGCGGAGCUACUGGGACAUGUUGAGACGGGGCGCCAGCCAAGCCCUCUUUUCUGACCUGGCAGAGGAUUUUAAUCUGGAGCGCACAGAUGACAGCAUGACGAUCGACACGACGCUGCUGGUGCACUUCUUCGGGAAGAAGGGGAAGGCGGAGUUAACUUUUGAUGACUUCUACAGGUUUAUGGAUAACCUCCAGACUGAGGUGUUGGAAAUAGAAUUUCUGACUUACUCUAAAGGCAUGACCACCAUCAGCGAGGAAGACUUCGCCCGGAUCCUCCUGCGCUACACCAACGUGGAGGACAUCCGUAGCUACCUGGAGAACGUGCGACAGAGCAUACCUGAUGAAAAGAGACCUGAGGGCAUCACGUUCGACGAGUUCAGGUCCUUCUUUCAGUUCCUCAACAACCUGGAGGACUUUGCCAUCGCCAUGCAGAUGUACAACUUCGCCAGCCGUUCCAUCGGACAAGAUGAGUUUGCGAGGGCCGUGUACGUAGCGACGGGGCUGAAGCUCACGCGCCACCUAGUGAACACCAUCUUUAAAAUCUUCGACGUGGACCACGACGACCAGCUGAGCUACAAAGAGUUUAUCGGCAUCAUGAAGGACAGACUGCACCGCGGAGCCCGGGUGAACGGUGGGUCCUUCCUCGCCUGCGUUCGCUCAGAGGCAGGGCAGCAUGUCCACCAGCUCUGGAAGCAGUUCCGCAAGAUGGACUAACAUCAUCAUCAUCAUCGUCGUCGUCGUCAUCAUCGCCGUCAUCUUCAGGGGUCUGCUAAAUAUGAAGGGAAGCAGCUGCCUCUGUUCAGUCCAGCCUCGACUCUGCACGUAGCAAAGCCUUGCAUGACUUUCCCUUUUUAAACAGGACGCUAUCCUCUUUCUCCUAAUGCUUCCACUGGGGCUGGACUGGACUGGACGUUUCACUAAUAAUGCAAUAGUAACGCAGUAUGCGACAGCGGUCGGUCAUCUGCACCAGUACAGAAUAGAAACCAGAAGCCCAGUUCACAUUUAUCUGACGAGGCAAUUGAGCGUUAGAACGUUACAGACAGCAGUUUAAUAGAACAUUAUCACCGAAACCUGCUAGAACGACAUCAUUUUAACCUAGACAGCACUAGAUAAAGGGAUACGGCAGAGAUUAAACCAUCUUCAAUGUAGUGUAACCAAAUUUUUGAGCACAGAUUAAAGUGGUGUGAUGAAAUUAGGGCUAAAAGAUCAUCGUUUUAUAUCAAAAUCGCAAAAGAGUGCAAUUUUUAAAUCCUCUAAAUAUUACUUAGUAUCUCAAAAUAAUGACUUGCCCUCUCAAAUGUUUCCCUUAUUAUUAAAAAUGACUCAUUUUCUCAUAGUUCUGACUUAGUGCCUCGAAAUUUUGACUCGUUUUCCUCACAAUUUUGACUUACUAUCUCUACAUAAUGACUGUUCUCAAAAUUUUUACUUAUUCUUAAAAUAUUGACUCAUCUCAGAAUAUUAGGCUUAUUUUUUUUCCAAAUAUUGUCUUAAUAUCUUGAAAUUUCCUAUUUUCUCAAGAUAAGAUUUUAACACAGUAUCUAAAGUAGUGAAUUGGUUUCUCAGAAUUUCGACUUGUUUCCUCAAAAUAAUGAUUUAUUUUCUCAAAAUACUGACUUAGUAUAUAAAAAUGACAACUUAUUCUCAAAAUAUUGACUGAUCCAAAUUUUUGAGUACAGAUUAAAGUGAUGUGAAGAAAAUAGAGCUGAAGUAUUCAUCGUUUUAUAUCAAAAUCACAAAAGAGUGCAAUUUUUAAAUCACAAGAGUUGACAUUUUUUGAAAUUAUAGCGGUUCUUUAGGAAAGACAAUGGUUCUGUAUAGCGCCAUGAACCUCUCAAAGAACCACUGCGUGAUUAAAUGGAUUUCUGCAUGGUGAAAUGGUUCUUCAGAUUAAUAGAGACUGUGUUGGAUCGGGUUCUAUAUAGCACCAAAAAGCUCUGCUACUGUUACGAUGUCAAACUUGUUACACUGAAAAAUCUUU